GCCACCACCCCCCUCCUCCUCCAACGGACGUCCCACGGCAUCCUUCAAAAGACGAACCGAUUACCAUUAAACACAACCCUGGCUGAAAGCCUCGCUACCUCGGCGCGGCAGCAGCCACCACCAUCGCGCCCAUGUGGUGGUUUUUUCGCAUCGUCUCCAGCUCAGUCUUCCUUCUGACCAUCGUCCUAUCCAUACCCAUCUCCUUCGAUGUAGGCGGACGUGACAGCGGCUUGGCCUACAGCCUGUCGCUUUUCGGCUUCUACCUCGUAUACAGCGCCGUCAAGCUCGUCACCCCCGAAAACUCCCGCAUAGGCUGGGUCGUCAACAAGUUCCUCCAAUCUUCCCAGUGGGUUGUCAUACCGACCCUCUUGAUAUGGUCUCUGCACAACUUCGCUGUUGAUGCCAACAGCACCGACUGGGUAUCCAGGACGAUCGGUGGAUUUGGUGGUCAGAAGCCUAGUACAUGGACGGAUUGGAUCUUCGGCAAUGGCGGGUUGGUCGAGUCUGUCACUCUGGGAACUUGGGACAAGACGUUGCGUUAUUCAAGUCCCGUCUUCCAGCUUGCCGAAGGCUUUUGUACCUUGUUGGUUAUCCAAGCUGCAGGUCAAAUUUCGAGAUGGCUUGUGAACCGUGGAAGAAGCGAUACUUGGGUUCUUAUUCUCUUGAUCCUAUCCGCUUCUAUCAUUGCCAGUGCUGUCUACUUUCUAUGGCGGGUUGCUUUGUUCCCUUCCAUCAACAACAUUGAUGCAACCCUCAUCGGAGUGACUGUCACCUCUGCAAUUUUCUUAUGUGCCAUAGGAAUUCUUUCGGGUCGCGGUAAUCCCGUCGAGUCGUCACUUCUAUUUGCCUACAUUGUUCUCUGCGUCUAUCAGAUAUUUACCGACUAUGUUCAGUCACCAGAGGCCCAGGCGGCAGCUGCAGAGCAAGCUGCAAAUCAACCAGAGUUCCCACCCCUACCACCCAUCAUCAUGGCGAGCUACUCAACUCUCGUCCACCUCUUUAAUUUGUUACCCGAAGCCGUAUACUCCUCUUUCAGUUUCCUUCACGCUGCAUUCCAAACCAUUGCCCCUUCUGUCAUGAUCUCUCUAAUUUACCGACUGAUCGUCUUUUACUGCGCUACUCGUAUUAUCCCAGCAGUACGAGAAUCAGGUGCCCGUGCGCUUCUACAAGAGCCUUCCUUAGAUGAUUCGGAUGAGGCGAAUCGGAUCCUGGGUUUUCUCUCUUGGUUCUCGCCUUCGAUUCUCAUUGCCGUCUAUACAAGUCUUUUACUCCAACACUUUUCUGCCAGCGGUGGCGAGGAAGGCUGGACGCUCCGACACGGCGACGCAGGAGGUAAUACUUGGCGUUGGUUUAAUGUUGCUGCUACGAUGAGUCUCUACGCUAUCGAGUUAUAUCUAGGCGGCGACGAUUCGGAUAGCGGCUUAGUUAACCAUUGGAAGACGGACUAGACGGGCAUCGUCUAUUAAUUCCGAAGCGGUAAAGUUAAAGAUAUUUUCGCCUGUGGCAUGAUGUGGAUCUGAAAGACAGGUCGCAAAAACCUCACUAGCAGGAAAGUCGCAUUUGUGUUUUGACCUCAGUUGAUCAUGAUUGCGAUCGACAUUUGGCAGCAAGCAUUGGGCAGGGCAGGUCGUCGUCGGCUUGGGAAAUGUAGGUUCACAGCACUUGGCGUUGGGGGGCAUUAGGGACAGUAUACCAUUCCAUUGAA